UUCAGCGAGCCCGGCAGCAGAACUGCAUUGAUCACUGGCUGGACAUAGAGCAGCCCACGCUCCCCUGGACUAACUCAUUCAUCAGCUUGGAUUAUUCUUCACUAACCCACAUUUUAGCUCCGCAAUGACAGUCAGAGCCGAAGCUUCUGGACCCACAUUAACGUAUUCCAAGAUGAGGGGAGUUGUUGCAAUACUCAUCGCUUUCAUGAAACAGAGACGAAUGGGGCUAAAUGACUUCAUUCAAAAAAUAGCCACCAGCUCCUACCCGUGCAAGCACCCUGAAGUUCAGUCUAUUUUGAAGAUCUCCCAGCCUGAAGAGCCUGAAUUUAUGAAUGCCAAUCCUUCCCCUCCACCCAGCCCAUCACAGCAGAUCAAUCUUGGUCCAUCAUCCAACCCACAUGCCACACCAUCAGACUUUCAUUUCUUAAAGGUUAUCGGAAAAGGAAGUUUUGGAAAGGUUCUCCUUGCAAGGCAUAAGGCCGAAGAAGAAUUCUAUGCUGUUAAAGUACUGCAGAAGAAAGCAAUCCUGAAAAAGAAGGAGGAGAAACACAUAAUGUCAGAGCGCAAUGUCCUGCUGAAAAAUGUGAAACACCCUUUCCUGGUUGGGCUCCACUUUUCUUUCCAGACUGCAGACAAAUUGUAUUUUGUCCUUGACUACAUCAAUGGUGGAGAGUUAUUCUACCAUCUCCAGAGGGAACGUUGCUUCCUGGAGCCAAGAGCACGGUUUUAUGCUGCUGAAAUAGCCAGUGCACUGGGUUACUUGCACUCUCUGAACAUAGUUUAUCGGGACUUGAAGCCAGAGAACAUCUUGCUAGAUUCUCAGGGGCAUAUUAUCUUGACUGACUUUGGACUCUGCAAAGAGAACAUAGAACACAAUGGCACUACCUCCACGUUUUGUGGCACACCUGAGUACCUUGCUCCUGAAGUUCUUCAUAAGCAGCCCUACGACAGGACUGUUGAUUGGUGGUGCCUUGGAGCAGUUUUGUAUGAGAUGCUUUAUGGACUGCCCCCCUUCUACAGCAGGAACACAGCAGAAAUGUAUGACAAUAUCUUGAACAAACCCCUGCAAUUGAAACCAAAUAUUACCAAUUCUGCUAGACACCUUCUGGAAGGCCUGUUACAAAAGGAUAGGACAAAGAGAGUUGGUGCUAAGGAGGACUUUAUGGAGAUUAAGAAUCACAUCUUCUUCUCCCCAAUUAACUGGGAUGAUCUCAUUAAUAAGAAGAUUACACCUCCUUUUAACCCAAAUGUGAGUGGUCCAAGUGAUCUGCGACACUUUGACCCCGAGUUUACAGAUGAGCCAGUCCCCAACUCUAUUGGCCAAUCUUCAGACAGUAUCCUCAUUACUGCUAGCGUCCAGGAAGCUGCUGAAGCCUUUCUGGGCUUUUCAUAUGCCCCAUCCAUGGAUUCUUUCCUGUGAACAUUUGUUUUCCUUUCUUCUUGGUGUUUAAUUAUUAUAUUGGCCUCCUGGCUGAGCUGCCAGUUGACCAGUCAUCUUGAAACAGAAUUUGCACAUCUCCACCAUGGCAGCUUUGCAGCCUUAAUUUCAACUACACUGUUUGCUGGAAGCUUUUUUUUUGAACAGCACAUAACUCCUCUAAACAAGCUUACAAGCAUUUUGAUUUGUUCUUCCCCCAAAGUGGUGCUAUCUCCUUGGGAAAGAACAUUAGACAUGACUGUUGCCAUAGCCUGCUAUGGUAGAUUGUAGGAAUAAUAACCUGCUGUUUGGAAAUAAUGUUCUGAAAAGCCUUGCCUCAAGACCUGGAUGUGACGAGGAUUUUAUGAAAUGUGCCUUUUUUCUGAUGAGAUCAAGUUAAGCUCCAAACGUUUCCUGUUGCAGAGUGUUUCGCAGUUCAGUUAUGUGGGUUUACUAUGUGAACAAAUGGUAUGAGUGUGAUAUGCAUACUACAGAGGGACUUAGUUUAAAGCAUCAGUGUGACACUUGCAGGACACUACAAUGUGGGGCAUUGUUUGUUUCUUCCAUAUUUGGAAGAUAAUUAAGUGUAGAAUUUGAUUUUGUUUUGUAAAUAUACAGUUAACUAAAAUUAUUGAAAUGGGCUCACAAUUAAUUAUAUCCAAAUGCUUGAAGAAAGCAUUGCUGCUAUGAAAAGUUUCUAUUUUUAGAAAGGUUUUUAUGGACCAAAAUGCCCCAGCUGCAGUUGGUCAAAGCUGUUGGUUUAUUUCUUGUUUGUUUGUUUUUUAAAAUUGUCAUCUGUAAAGUGGGCAUUAUUGGGGGUGGGGUGGGGUGUUGCAUUGUAUGUAUUGUAAAAAAAAAAAAAAGUCUGUACAUUCAGUUGAAACUCUAGAUGUAUAUUUAAACUUACAGCCUGGCUUGUAAUGUACACCAUCAGUGUAAUGUAAUUAACAUGGUUAUGUACUUUUUUUUUUUUUUUUUUUUUGGUGACCAAACCCAUUGGUUUGCAGUAAAAUCUUGAACAUUU